CAAGAUGAUAUAGCCACAGAUGACAUGGAGAACGAUGAUGAAAGGAACAAACGGGAUAAAGAAGACCCUACCACGACAACGAUUGACCAAUCAUCUUUUACCAUAGCAAAAGCUGAUAGUGGCUAUGGUUCACGAAGACAUGACCCAACACCAAAUACCACAGCAACAGCUGACCGUGGCUAUGGUUCACGAAGGGAUGACUCAACACCAGAUACCAUAGCAACAGGUGACCACGGCUAUGGUUCACGAAGGGAUGACCCAACACCAGAAACCAUAGCACCAGCUGACCGUGGCUAUAGUUCACGAAGGGAUUACCCAACACCAGAAACCAUAACAACAGCUGACCGUGGCUAUGGUUCACAACGGGAUGACCCAACACCAGAAACCAUUGCAACAGCUGAUGGUGGGAAUAGUUCACAACGGGAUGAACCUAUGCCAGAUACCAUAGCAACAGCUGACCAUGGCUAUGGUUCACAAAGGGAUGACCCAACACCAGAAACCAUAGCAACAGCUGAUGGUGGAAAUGGUUCACAACGGGACGAACCUGUACCAGAUACCAUUGCAACAUUUGACAGUGGUCAUGGUCGUGAUGCACUAGACGAUAAGUCAGUUGGAAAACUUAGAGAAGGAUGUGUCAUGCAAGUUAACAGUGAGAUGAUUCAGCAGCAUCAACAAACAGAUAUGCGGCUAACUUUGACAGGUGACGGUCCAACCGUUGUUGGUAAACAUUCUACUGUCAUAUACAACGUCAGUGGACCAAAACGUAAACAUGAUACCACGGAAAGUUCAGGUUGUCGUGACAACCCCUCCAGUAAACGCCCGAAUUAUGAAACUAAAACAAUAUCUGAAUAUGGCUGUAGUUCGUCUGGAGUGAGUGAGACUUUGGACGACGGUGAUAAUUCAAUUAUAUAUGACUGUAAAAGUAAUUACAUGGACACAUCAGAUUGCAGUGGCUACUCAUCCGGCACAAAACCGAAUUUAGAUGCUAAACCAAUACUAGAACAUGGUAGUAGUUCAUUUACUGAUCGGGUGACACCAAAUAUCACCGAGAAAUUUGAGGGCGGAUCGUGCAAUACAAGAUAUAUCCAUGCCGAGGGCACACAUCUUAAAAAUGUUCGUGAAGAUUCAGCAGUUUCGGAGUUUAGACAAG